AUGGGCUUUUUGGCUAUUUCUUUGUUGAUGGCUAUUGUUGGGGUUGAGGGUGCUGCCGACAGAAUCUGCUCGAUCAGCGAGCCAAAUAAAUGCGUGGAUAGCAAGCUCACCGAUGUCGAAACCGAUGCCAUAUAUUUCCGGGAGCUGAACAUUGCGCAGACACGACACGUCUACGCUUGCGCGAACGGCCAAUCUUUCUGCCAGUCCUUCACGAACGGUAAAGGCGCGGUGAAGGCUGGGUGCUACGCAGCCGCCGGCGUGAAGCGCGCCACAGGCGUAUGCGGCUGCACCGUCGUUACGGAUACCGAGAAAACCCAGACGGCGGAUCCAGCAAGGGCCGCCAAGUACAUCAACGAAAACUUUAAGGAGGAAGUAUCCCCCAAACUGAACAACGUCUUGAGCUACUACAUGAAGACUAUUCAGAACAGUAACGGCUGCUCGGCUGCCGAUUUCCAGCGACCCGCUGACAUGCCGGCGGAUCUCGCCGAGAUCCUAGAGGAGAAGACGAACAGCGGCUCGCCCCUGUUUUUCACGCUCGCCGGAAUUGGCGCCAUGGUGCUAGCUGGAGUCUUC